GUUUUAGGUGCAUUUGACAUGUUUUGACGUAUGGUACUCAAACAUGAAAGUAACAAGAUGGAUUACUACCAGAUGUGAAUUGAGCUUUUCCGAACGAUCGGAUAUCGAAAUUAUAUACAGAGUGUCAACACACAAACAUUCCACUCGCAGUUUUCACUUCCAUUUUGACGUGUUUGCUCCAUACUCCGCCUUUACACUUAGAUAUCUCGGUAUUUCUAUAUUUCAUCUGCAUUAUAAUAAUUAUUAUUAUAAGUUCUAUUAUCCAAUGCUUUUUCUAAUUCUCACAGUUUUUGUUGGUGCCCAGGCGGCCAAGAAACCAAUGUUCGACGUUCGACAAUUCAAUUUGGACGAGGUCGGUGCAUAUCGGACUGAUCAGAUUACACUGGAACCCGCUCCAAAACCUCCAUUUCUUAUCAAUGCCACCUCAGAAGCCAUUGAACAGUUUAUGGCAAUAUAUCGGACUCCUGGAAUUGCACAAAUUCGAAAAAUGACAGAAUUAGAUGUUCUAGUUGGAACUUUACGAACGGAAGUACAACAAUCCUAUAAUGCAUAUAAAGCAGAAUCAAUUCUCUUGAAAUUAGCUCAAGAUGAACGGUUACAGGAAAUUGCGGAAAAGACGCAUUACACAAUCGUCCACUUGCAAGCUCUGAAAGAUACAAAAAUGGGAACAAAUGAACGAAAAGCUCGAACUGAAAUGAUGUUCUCAGAGUUUAGUGAUUUUGUGGUAUCAGCUGUCAGUGAUGAAAUGAGCAAUAUAUUGGAUUUGGUGAUGAGGCAAAUGCUCCGAGCGAUAUUAUUUACGGAAAAGCUCACAGUUUAAUUGUUUCUUAAAGUGUAUUUAACGUAUUUUUGUUUAUGGUGCUAAAUUAUAGAUUGUAUUUUGAAUAUAUUGAUUUAAAGAUUAAAAUAAAAGUUAAUGUAUUUGUAAU